GGGCCCGCCCCGCCCAGCACCGGCACCGGCACCGGCCCAUGGAGGCUCCGGGAACGGCCGGCACCGCAGCCGGUGAGCCCGGGCUGGAGCGGGGCGGCGUGGCCGGCGGCGUGGCCGGCGGCACGGUGUGACCAUGCAGGCGGAGGCCAGAGGGGAUUUCUGCAGCAGGGACCAGCGGCCCGGUGCUGGCGUUGCAGAGCUCGGCAAGGAGACGCUGGCCUCCGAGCGCCCGGCUGGGACCCCCACCCACGGCCCGGCCCAGGAAGCCCCUGGAGCCCCCGCAGAGGAGCAGGGGGGGAUCCCCAUCCCCAGCGCCGGCCUGCUGCAGGUCACCGAGCGCAGACAGCCCCUGAGCAGCGUGUCCUCGCUGGAGGUGCACUUCGACCUGAUGGACCUGACCGAGCUGACCGACAUGUCGGACCAGGAGCUGGCCGAAGUGUUCGCCGACUCCGACGAGGAGACCGCGGCCGGAGAGUCGCCCAGCGGCCUGCAGCCGCAGGCGGUGCCGCGGGCCGGUUACCUGCGCUCACCCUCCUGGACCCGGGCGCGGGAGCAAGCGAGGGACAAGAAGCAUCUCAGCGACCCGGAGCUGCCGCCGGGACCACCGGACGCCUUCCUGCCCGCCGAGCGGCCGCGGGAGCCCUAGGGCUGGCCCCGGCCCCGGGGGACGGUGGCUGACACGCACCGGGGCACGGACGCGCCGGUGCCCACCACUUCCUUCGGUCCCCGCCGCGGGGGCCGGGCCGCUGGACUGAUGCCGCGGCGGGGGCCAGCGCUCGCCCGAAGGCACCGCGGACCGGCCGCGGGCAGAGGCGGCGCCCGGGAAACCGGACACAGUCCCGCGGGGAGCCGCGAGCGGCGGCGCGGGGAGGGAGGACGCGGCGCAGCCCCUGCCCGCACGGUCCUCAUGUAGCAGCGCCGUGUCCCGGUAAAACCGAGCGAC